ACCCCUUUCCCUCUUUUCUAAUUUGUUCCACUCCGUUUCUUCUUCACUGUCACAUUGAGUUUCCUUUCACGCCAUGAAAAUCAACCUCUUAUAUACUAAAUACUAAUCCUCCAUAAUCUGUCUCUCGCUCUCUAGAAACUUCCAAUUUAUGGCUACUACCUCUUCUCUUCUCCAACUAUCCCAACUCCAUUUCCUUUCCCCACAAAUCACUCUCCGCAACCGUUUUUCUUUCUCCACACGCUCCAUUUCCCGCUUUUCCACCUCCAAUGUCACUCUUCGCUCCACGCGAAUCCGUGCUUCAAAAGAAGAAUCCGCGAUAGCAGAACGAGUUAACGACGUGGAAUGGAGCGGAAACGGAGUUGCCUCCCGUGCCGGCAGUAAUGGAGCAGCAGGAGGUUAUGUUAACGGCGCCGUUAACGGAAGUUCAGUGAAAUAUGGAAAUGGAAACGGUGUAGCUUCUACGGUGGUUGUGGAUGUUGAAGCUUCUAAAGUGAACGAGGAUGGAAGGAAGAGAAGAUUGGAGGAGAUUGGUAAAGAAGACGCGUGGUUUAAACAAACUGAGGAACAAAAAGUUGAGGUAGCAGUUGCUCCUGGAGGUCGUUGGAGUAGAUUCAAGACUUACUCUACAAUCCAGAGAACCUUAGAAAUUUGGGGAUUUGUUGUAACAUUUAUCUUUAAGGCUUGGUUGGACAAUCAGAAGUUCUCUUACAAAGGAGAAAUGACUGAGGAAAAAAAGAAGUUAAGGCGGAAGACCCUUGCCAAGUGGCUUAAGGAAAGCAUCUUGAGAUUAGGUCCUACAUUCAUUAAAAUUGGGCAGCAGUUCUCCACUAGAGUGGACAUUCUUCCUCAAGAAUAUGUUGACCAGUUGUCUGAACUUCAGGAUCAAGUUCCUCCAUUUCCCUCUGAGAGUGCUUUAGCUAUUGUUGAAGAAGAGCUUGGAGCUUCUGUAGGUGAUAUCUUUGAUCAGUUUGACUAUGAACCAAUAGCUGCUGCAAGUCUUGGUCAGGUUCAUCGCGCAAGAUUGAAGGGACAGGAGGUUGUUGUUAAAGUGCAAAGGCCUGGUCUCAAGGAUCUUUUUGAUAUUGAUCUAAAAAACCUGAGGGUUAUUGCUGAAUAUCUUCAAAAAAUUGAUCCAAAGUCAGAUGGUGCAAAGAGGGAUUGGGUUGCUAUUUAUGAUGAAUGUGCCUCUGUCUUAUAUCAGGAGAUCGAUUACACGAAGGAGGCUGCUAAUGCAGAAUUGUUUGCUAGUAACUUUAAGAACAUGAGUUAUGUGAAAGUUCCUUCAAUCUACUGGGAUUAUACCACACCACAGAUUCUGACAAUGGAAUAUGUUCCAGGAAUUAAAAUAAACAAAAUACAAGCUUUAGAUCAACUUGGUGUUGAUCGCGCAAGGUUAGGGAGAUAUGCAGUUGAAUCGUUCUUGGAACAAAUUUUAUCGCAUGGUUUCUUCCAUGCUGACCCUCAUCCUGGAAAUAUUGCAGUUGAUGAUGUCAAUGGUGGAAGAUUGAUCUUCUACGAUUUCGGAAUGAUGGGGAGCAUCAGUCCAAACAUCCGAGAAGGCUUGCUUGAGACAUUUUAUGGAGUCUAUGAGAAGGAUCCAGAUAGGGUUCUUCAAUCAAUGAUUCAAAUGGGUGUUCUUGUUCCUACUGGAGAUAUGACUGCUGUUAGGCGAACAGCACAAUUCUUUCUUAACAGUUUUGAGGAGCGCCUGGCUGCACAAAGGAAAGAGAAAGAGGAAGCAACAGGUGAACUUGGAUUCAAAAAACCAUUAAGCAAGGAGGAAAAAAUGAUGAAAAAGAAACAACGUCUAGCUGCUAUUGGUGAAGAUUUAUUAUCCAUAUCAUCAGACCAACCCUUCCGGUUUCCUGCUACAUUUACAUUUGUUGUUAGAGCUUUCUCAGUGUUGGAUGGCAUUGGAAAGGGCCUUGACCCACGUUUUGACAUUACUGAGAUUGCCAAACCUUAUGCUCUGGAGUUACUAAGGUUUCGUGAGGCAGGGGUUGAAGUUGUCUUAAAGGACUUCACUAAGAGAUGGGAUAGACAAUCUCAAGCUUUUUACAACUUAUUUAGGCAGGCUGACAGGGUGGACAAGCUUGCUUCAAUAAUCCAAAGACUGGAGCAAGGAGAUCUAAAGCUCCGAGUUCGAACUUUAGAAUCUGAAAGGGCAUUCCAGCGUGUUGCCACAGUCCAGAAGACUAUAGGAAAUGCAGUAGCUGCUGGAAGCCUAAUAAAUCUUGCGACAAUUUUGUAUCUCAAUUCGAUCCGCGUGCCUGCAAUUGCAGCAUAUGUCUUCUGUGCAUUCUUUGGUUUUCAAGUGCUCUUGGGCAUUGUAAAGGUCAAGAAGCUAGAUGAAACAGAGCGAUUGAUAACAGGAACUGCAUAAACAACUACAAGGUCCUUGACAUGUGCCGUAUUUAUUGGGUUUGCUCGGGCUUAUUGCAGAAUUUGGACGAUAUGUAUUACAUGUUAAGGUCAUCUUCACAAGUCAAUCUCCGGAUCAUGAAAGGAUGACUUCUGAGGACAGUAAUGCUCGACAUUUCAGAAUUCAUCAGCAGAUGCAAAAUCUUUCUAGUAGCUAAUUUGAUGGAGGCAUUUUAUGUUCAUCACCUGGUCUGGACGCUUUGUAAAUGUAUAUCGAGUUCUGCAUUAGCUAGCUGCAUUUUUGUCAUUAAAUCACCACGAAAUCAUGCAUAAAGUCAUUGUCGCACAAAGUAACUUUUAUAGGCAUGAUGUGGGUUUUGUAAAUAUUCCACCAUUUACAUACUUGAAUAGGAAUAUCAUGCUUGAAUAUAACUUAUAUUUGUAAAUUUUCAUUAUUUUUUCCGGCUAUGUAGAGUGACUCUUGUAAUUACCAUGGUAUGAUAAUGAUUGUAGCUUCCUACAAAUAAUUGGAGUGGAAGCUUAACCUGACAUUGACAUUAAAUUUGUUCGAUGAAAAUGUCAGUAUGUGCCAUCAAUAUGCAUGUUGUAUUUAAAUUGCUGACUAAA